AUGUACAGCACGCUCAUACAGUACACUGCAGAAAAUUCGAAUGAUAUUACUCUCUGUCUUGUUGACUGGGAGACAUGCCAGUUCGGUAGCUAUUUGCAGGACAUUGCUCGCUUCAUAGCGGAUGUAUAUGUCCUAUCACAUUUUAAUGGGAAUGAUUUCAGCGUGCAGCUUAUGAAUGGUAUUAUGAAGGGUUAUAGGCGACUAAAUGGAGAAGAAAUCUUUCAACUCGCAGCCUAUACUGGCAUACUUCUUCUGAAUUGGGAGUUUGUGAUUGUGGACGACGGCCCUGGUGGAAACGAGUUGAAGAUGACGAUCGCCGCAUUUGCGGCAAAUGUCUUUUUGAAAGCUUGCGGAAAGGAUAGAGAAUGGUUCAAAAAUGGCGAUCUGAGAUGUCUGUUCAACUAA